AUGGCUUUUUGCCCAAUCUUUUGUUGCGGAAAUGGUUCGGAUCGCAAAGGACGAGGGAAGAAACAACCUCCAUGGCGGGUGUUUUCUUUGAAGGAAUUGCAUUCGGCUACAAACAAUUUCAAUUACGAUAACAAGCUAGGUGAAGGGGGAUUUGGCAGUGUUUACUGGGGCCAGCUUUGGGAUGGAUCGCAAAUUGCAGUGAAAAGAUUGAAAGUUUGGAGCAACAAAGCAGACAUGGAAUUUGCUGUUGAAGUCGAGAUAUUGGCUAGAGUACGACACAAGAAUCUUCUCAGUCUACGAGGCUAUUGUGCUGAAGGUCAGGAACGGUUAAUUGUAUAUGAUUAUAUGCCGAAUUUGAGCCUUCUCUCUCAUCUUCAUGGACAGCACUCAGCAGAAUCCCUUCUUGAUUGGAACCGACGGAUGAACAUCGCAAUUGGGUCUGCCGAGGGAAUUGCAUAUCUUCACCACCAGUCAACACCACACAUCAUCCACAGAGAUAUCAAGGCAAGCAAUGUGUUGUUGGAUUCAGAUUUCCAGGCACGGGUUGCUGAUUUUGGUUUCGCCAAGUUGAUACCUGAUGGGGCAACUCAUGUGACUACAAGAGUUAAGGGCACCCUAGGUUACCUUGCACCUGAAUAUGCUAUGCUAGGUAAAGCAAAUGAGAGUUGUGAUGUCUACAGUUUCGGAGUUCUCCUUCUAGAACUUGCUAGUGGCAAAAAACCACUUGAAAAACUUAGUUCUACAGUAAAGCGAUCUAUAAAUGAUUGGGCCCUGCCAUUGGCUUGUGAGAAGAAGUUUAGUGAGCUAGCAGAUCCAAAACUAGAGGGUAACUAUGUGGAGGAAGAGCUUAAAAGAGUUGUUUUAAUUGCUCUAUUAUGUGCUCAGAGUCAGCCAGAGAAGAGGCCCACCAUACUUGAGGUGGUAGAACUACUGAAGGGAGAAUCCAAGGAUAAGUUAGUUCACCUGGAAAACAAUGAACUCUUUAAAAAUCCUCCAGCUGUAGGACAUACUGAUGAUGGAACCUUAGCAGCUGAAGGUAGUUCAGAUUUCAUCUCAGAAGAGAAAGAAUCAAAACCUGAGUUGGAAGAGAAAACUGAUCCAUGA